UUUCUCUCUUUCCGUUUUCUUUUUGUUCUCUCUCUCGUCCUCUGAAAGCUUUUUUCUUUUUCCCUUCUUCCACUGUUCUUUUCUAACAAUCACCCUGUAACAACCCUAGAAACCCACUCCAACCACUGCGUUUUGUCCACCCCCGAGCAGAAAAACGCUGUCGUAUUGCUAAUCCAUUGCAUAAGAAUGAAACACCAGCAAAAAGAUUUCAACUUUGUGUUUUGAAAACCUCUGACCAACAACAACGGCUAAUUUAUCUCUUCUUGCUCAAUUCCCAACCCUAAUUCCAAGACUCGUCGUUUUUCUCUUGCUGGGUCUUCUGAUUCCACAACUGGGAGGGCAAAAAUGUCAUCUUUGAGCAGGGAAUUGGUGUUCCUCAUUCUUCAAUUUCUCGAGGAAGAGAAAUUCAAAGAUGCUGUUCACAAGCUGGAGCAAGAAUCGGGUUUCUUCUUCAAUGUCAAGUAUUUUGAAGAGAAAACCAUGGCUGGAGAGUGGGAUGAGGUUGAGAAGUACCUCUCUGGCUUUACCAAAGUCGAUGACAAUAGAUACUCCAUGAAAAUAUUCUUUGAGAUUAGGAAGCAGAAGUAUCUUGAAGCCUUGGACAGUCAAGACAAAGUGAAGGCUGUUGAAAUUCUGCUGAAUGAUUUGAAAGUUUUUUCCACAUUUAACGAAGAUUUGUACAAAGAAAUAACACAUCUUCUAACCCUUGACAACUUCAGGGAAAAUGAACAGCUAUCAAAGUAUGGUGAUACUAAAUCUGCGCGAACCAUAAUGCUGGUAGAGCUUAAGAAAUUAAUUGAAGCAAAUCCCCUCUUUCGAGAUAAGCUUAUAUUUCCUUCCUUGAAGGCAUCACGGCUACGAACCCUGAUUAAUCAAAGUUUGAAUUGGCAGCAUCAGCUGUGUGAGAAUCCAAGGCCAAAUCCAGACAUCAAAACUUUAUUUAAUGACCAUGCUUGUUCACCUGCAAAUGGCGCUCGCACACCUACUCCUGUCACCCUUCCUAUCGCAGCUGUUGCAAAGCCUUCAUUUUAUGCUCCACUAGGAGCACAUGGUGGACCAUUUACACCAGCACCAGCCCCAGCAGCUGCUAAUGUUAAUGCUUUAGCAGGAUGGAUGGUGAAUGUAAAUCCCUCCACAUCUGCUCAAUCACCUGUGGUUGCUGCUUCAUCAUUGCCUGUUCCCCCAAAUCAAGUCUCCAAUUUGAAGCAUCCAAGAACACCUAAUGCUUUUGGAAUGAUGGAUUAUCAAAAUAACGAUCAUGAGCAACUAAUGAAACGGUUGCGAUCUGCACAAUCUGUUGACGAGGUCACAUAUCCUGCUCCACCUCAACAAGCCUCUUGGUCACCUGAUGACCUUCCUAGGACUGUUGUUUGUACGUUACAUCAGGGACCAACAGUGACAACCAUGGAUUUUCAUCCCUCCCUUCAUUCUUUACUUGCUGUUGGUUGUGCAAAUGGCGACAUUUCACUUUGGGAAGCAGGACUGAGAGAGAGGCUGAUAUCAAAGCCUUUCAAAAUAUGGAAUAUUUCUGCUUGUUCUGUCUUAUGUCAGGCUGCAAUUGGGAAAGACUCUUCUAUAUCCAUCAGUCGAAUAUCAUGGAGUCCAGAUGGGAAUUUUAUUGGGGUUGCUUUUACAAAACAUUUGAUUCACUUAUAUGCCUAUCAAGUGCCUAGUGACCUACAGCAGUGUUUGGAGAUUGAUGCUCAUGUUGGUGGUGUUAAUGACUUGGCAUUUUCUUAUCCAAACAAACAGCUAUGCAUUAUAACUUGUGGAGAUGAUAAGUUAAUAAAGGUAUGGGAUUUGACUGGGCAGAGGCUCUUUAACUUUGAAGGUCAUGGAGCACCUGUUUAUUCUGUUUGUCCUCACCAGAAGGAAAAUACCCCGUUUAUAUUUUCAACUGCUGUUGAUGGGAAAAUCAAGGCCUGGGUAUAUGAUAACUUGGGCGCCAGGGUGGACUAUGAUGCUCCUGGACAGUGGUGCACCACAAUGCUGUAUAGCGCUGAUGGAAGUAGAUUGUUCUCUUGUGGGACAAGUAAAGAGGGCGAUUCUUUCCUAGUUGAGUGGAAUGAAAGUGAAGGAGCACUAAAAAGAACAUAUUCUGGGUUUAGAAAGAAAUUUGCUGGCAUUGUGCAAUUUGACACAACAAAGAGUCGCUUUUUGGCUGCUGGUGAAGAUAACCAGAUUAAGUUUUGGGAUAUGGAUAAUAUCAAUAUGCUGACUAGUACAGAUGCUGAGGGUGGUCUUCCUAGUCUCCCUCGCUUGAGGUUCAAUAAGGAAGGAAAUCUGCUUGCUGUUACUACAGCAGAUAAUGGUUUUAAAGUCCUUGCUAAUACCGAUGGCAUCAAAUACUUAAGGGCCAUUGAAGCUCGGUCUCAUGAAGCAUCUAAAGCACCUAUUGAGAUGAAGGUUUUUUUAUCUUCCAUAAUUGCUGGCUCUUCGAUGGUUGCAAAUGUCAAUCUACUCAUCAAUAAAGUAGGACAAGUGGACAGAAGCUCUCCUGCUCGGCCAGCACCUAUCCUCAAUGGAGUUGAUUCUAUGGCUAGAAGCAUAGAAAAAAAAAGAAGUUUGGAUAAUUUAUCUGACAAAGCUAAAGCUUGUGAAUUGAGAGAAAUAGUUGAUCCUGCUCAAUGUCGAACAGUUACUAUGCCAGAUAGUAUGGGUCCAACUAACAAGGUUGCUCGUCUUCUUUACACAAAUUCUGGGGGUGGCCUUUUGGCUCUUGGUUCAAAAGGGAUUCAGAAGCUGUGGAAAUGGAGUCGUAAUGAACUGAAUCCUAGUGGAAAGGCCACGGCGAGUGCUGUUCCACAACAUUGGCAACCGAAUAGUGGUCUUCUCAUGACUAAUGAUGUGCCAGACAAUUCCGAAGCAGCACUUCCAUGCAUAGCACUCUCGAAGAAUGAUUCCUAUGUUAUGUCCGCCUGUGGAGGAAAAAUUUCAUUGUUCAACAUGAUGACGUUUAAGGUAAUGGCAACUUUUAUGCCACCUCCCCCGACUUCAACCUUCCUUGCGUUUCACCCUAAAGAUAAUAACAUCAUUGCAAUUGGAAUGGAAGAUUCAACUAUUCAUAUUUACAAUGUUAGAGUGGAUGAGGUAAAAUCUAAGUUGAAGGGUCACCAGAAGCACAUUACUGGUUUAGCCUUUUCAACUCAACUGAAUAUCUUGGUUUCAUCAGGUGCUGAUGCUCAGCUUUUCUUUUGGAGCAUCGACUCAUGGGAUAAGAAGAAAUCACUAUCAAUCCAAAUGCCAACUGGAAAUGCACCUGCUGGUGAUACUAGAGUGCAAUUCCACAAUGAUCAAGUAAACUUACUGGUAUGCCAUGAAACGCAGCUAGCCAUAUAUGAUGCUUCCAAAAUGGAGUUGAUUCACCAGUGGGUGCCACAAGAUGGGUUGUCUGGUUCCAUAUCCUCUGCAACAUAUUCCUGCAAUAGCCAACUAGUUUAUGCUGCUUUCACUGAUGGAAAUAUCGGAAUAUUUGAUGCUGACACCCUCAGACUAAGAUGUCGUAUAACUUCAUCUGCAUACCGACAUCAGUCCUCAUCAAACAGCCAAAAUGCAUACCCUCUUGUUGUAACAGCACAUCCACAGGAGCCUAAUCAAUUCGCAGUUGGACUGUCAGAUGGGUCUAUUAAGGUCAUUGAGCCCACAGAGUCUGAAGGUAGGUGGGGAGUUAAUGCACCUCUUGAUAAUAAUGGGAUGCAUAAUGGUGUCACUAUUAACCCAAAACCUGAGCAGCUCCAAAGAUGAUACAAUUCGUGAGCAUCAUUUUAGUUUUUAUUUUUUAUUAUUAUUAAUAUUCUUGUGCAAUGAAGCAAAACUUUAAGGCUGUGAAUGCUUCUUCUUAUUGUUCGACAGUGUUUGGGGUACUAAUGUAGAUCUUUAGGUAAAGAAACCUUACC